CCCGAGUUUCACAAUCCCCGAGUUCGAUGGAUAUGGGUUGUUUUGAAGGCUUCCAAGCACGCGACGGUCUUUGUUUCUUUUUCCUGUGACACCCUUCGAACACCGAGAUCCUCGCAAUGGCCGAAGCCGAAGUUUUGAACAAUGUCCGCAGACGGCGGCGGGUCGUUAAAAGCUGCGAGCAAUGUAGGAAAAGGAAACUCAGGUGUGAUAGAGAGCUUCCGUGUAGGCCUUGCAAGGCAUCUAGACAGGCCCUGAAAUGCACAUACGAUGCUAGCGUCAGCAGGACUUCUACAUCUCCUACAGCGCAAGUAAUAGGUGCUAGAGGUGCGAGACCACAACCAGACCAUGUAACGGCUAGUGUAGAGCAAGAUCCAGUGGUUCACUCGUUGAGCCUUGCAACCGGGAAGGCUUGGCCUUCCACCACUUCGAGCCCCCAUCCGACACCUCAUCCGCAUUUACGUACAGAGACCGACAAGACGAGGAUGUUUGGUCAAAGUCAUUGGAUGCAUGCCUUCGAUCAGGCCCAAUUGCUGGCGAGUAUUCAAACGCACUCUGCGUAUGCCACAUCGUUGCAGGGUGAAAUCAUAACUCUCGUGAAAGAUGCAUCCAAGACUCGAAUCAAGAUCAAGAAUAAACGAUCGGCUAAUGUGGUCGAUCCUGUUCCGGAUCUGCUUAAUACGCUCCCGACGAAAGACUUAUGCGACCAACUUGUUGAAAACUACUUGAGAUUAUUCGAACCUAUGUUCCGGAUCUUACAUGUUCCUUCUUUCAGAACAGAUUACCAACAAUUCUGGGAGAACCAACAACUGGGCACCAAACCUUUCUUACUCAAGCUGCUAAUGAUUCUUACUAUUGGGUCCAUCUUCCAUCCAGAUCGAGCGGAAUCGGAUAGUGUUCGAACCCCGGCUCAUGCCUGGGUCCAGGCUGUCCAAUGGUGGUUGACUGGGCCUACUGAAAAAGCGGCAAUGUGUAUGGACGGCGUGCAGGUCUUCUGCCUUAUGGUCCUCGCGCGACAUUCCAACUCGUUGGGAGGUUCCACUCCCAUCAGUACCGAUUCGUUGCUGAAGUUGGCUUUCUCCAUCGGACUGCACGUGGAUCCAGCUACCUUCCCAUCUUUAGGCCCAUUCCAACGUGAGAUGCGACGACGACUCUGGGCAACUGUACUUGAGAUUAUGGUGAUGUCAUCACUUGACUCGAGCUUACCUCUGUUGAUCUCGAUGGACGACUUUACGAGUAGCAUGGCGUCUAACAUCAACGACACUGACAUAGCACCCAAAAUGGACACAUUGCCGGAGUUGAGGACUGAGACCGAGUUCACCGAUAUGUCUGUUUCGUUGGUCCUGCAGAAGUCCCUGCAAUGUCGAUUGCUUGUCGUGCGGAAGCUCAACAACAUACAUCCCCCAAUUUCUUAUGACGACACGGUCAAACUUGGGAAUGAGCUUAGCCAACAUUGUCGCGAUGUAUCGCGAAGCUUCCAGAGCGUUUUCUCGUCGGACUCGAGAGCAUCGAACUUCCAUCGCAAAUUUGUGGAUUCCUACAUUCGACGGUUCUUACUGUUAAUAUCUCGACUCUAUCUACUCCAAGCGCACAGAGAUCCACGGUAUUUAUUUGCACGAAAAACAUGCCUGGAAUGCUGCCAGAUCAUUUCAUCACACGUGUAUAGCCUUCAAUUACCUUCACCUGUCACGGACGAAUUCUUGCUCUUAGCAAUGAGAGGAAGUGGGCUCUUCAAAGGUCCUCUGGGCCAGGACAUCAUUAUAUCCUUAAGCUUGGAAAUCUCAACUCAAUUGGAAGAAGAGUGCGACUCACCUGAAAAUCCACUCAAUAAAUCUGACCCUCUUAUCCAGCUCUCUCGGGCGGCUAGACGACCACUCGUUGACACCCUUAGACAUAUCCAUGGGCAGUUGCGCCACAUCAUUGCCCUGGGCCGACCAAGCUGCAAACGCUACAUCAAGCUGUCGGCAAUCUUGGCCCACAUCGACGCUGUCGAGUCAGGUGUUGAGGAUCCCAGACCCAAAAUCAUGGACGCAAUGAUCGAAAGCAUAAGAGUGUGCAUGGAGCUCAUGAUUCAGACGUUAGACCGAGAAACGACGAGUGGCGUCGGCACUCCUUGGACCGAAGACACGAACAAUGGCUGGGCUGAUUCUUGGGGCUUAUUAGGCUUUGAUACUGACUUCAUAGAUCCCACCCUGGCUUUGAACUUGCCAGUCAUGAUGGGUACGAAUUACGCCAACGAUGGUGCAAAUGGCCUACCUUGAGGCAAAUCAUAAAUUUGACAUACGGGUACUCAAGCAUGAAGCGAUAACGACUCCGGCAUAGUGAGAUUUAACUGCAGUCUUCAUAAAGCCACACCACCGGAGAAUUCCUUGUACCUUUGGAUAUAUUCUAAACCCCGUUCAAGCCGUGCCAAACUUGUCACCACGUCGCUAUCGACUA